AUGUGUGAGGCUUUUAAUCAUGCAAUCUUGGAGUAUAGAGAUAAGCCGAUCAUUUCACUACUUGAAGGAAUCAAACAUUACAAAACAGUGAGAAUAUCUGCUCAAAAGGAGAAAUUAAGUAGGUACACAGGUGUUACAAGUCCUAGCAUUCAAAAAGUUUUGGAAAAAAUAAAGAGAGUUUCAAACGGUGUUGAGACAUAUGUUGUGAACUUGCUUCAACAGAAAUAUGGUUGUAGGAAGUGGGAUUUAAGUGGAAUACCAUGUUGUCAUGCUAUUGCAUGCAUAUGGUAUAACAAGAAGGAGCCCAAAGAUUACGUUUCAUCAUUCUAUAGGAAAUCUACUGUUCUGGAUACUUAUAGCUAUAUCAUCAUGUCAACCAAUGGCCCACAACUAUGGCCUGUUAAUGUUGCUAACCCAAUCAGCCCUCCAGUCAUGCGAAGAUCUAUCGGUCGUUCUAAGAAGAAUCAUAAUAAGGCGAAUGAUGAACCGAGGAUAAGAAAUACACUGCCUAGAACUCUUCAAACUGUUAAGUGCAAGAAAUGUGGGAGUUUUGGCCAUAACAAACGAACGUGUAAAGGGAAGCGAGCUGCGGAGAGAGCGAUUCCUAAAGGUGGCAACAAAAAAUCUAAAAAAAGGGUGACAAGUCGAGCAAGGAAGCGGGAGAAACUGUUGUAG